ACAUCAUUGCGUCUGGCGAUAUAGAUAGAUCCGUAGUACCUCCUCCUUCCUCCUCUCAUCCAUUUGGAGCAGCCUGUGUGUGUAGUCAGUGGCACUUAAUCACAGAGCGCACCAAGGCAGGAGGCGGACCGUCGGGCGUGAACGAAAUAGUAACGGUGAUCCGGAGAGGCAGCAGUGUGCGGGACAACGCAGGCAGAGGAGCUAUCCAGAGGACGUUUCCUGCAGCCGCUCUCGGGUUUUCCACAUCUUUAUCCAGCACUGGAGCAAGUGUUGCAGUUUUUAUCUCCGUCCAGACCAUCCCGUUCAGGUCUUCUCUGCCGCGUCCGACUCGUUCGCAGCCAGUGCUUCGUUGGAGAUGUCCAAAAAAAGACCAGCCGAGCCGGAGUCCCGGGUGAAACAGCAAGCCGCACUGGGCAACAUGACUCGCCAGCCUUGCUUCUCACCGGAGUCUGUAGAAUGAAGACGGCUUAAAAAAAAAAAAAAGUCCAAGCAGCGCGCAAAGAUGUCGGUGCCUUUGCUGAAGAUCGGCGUCGUGCUCAGCACCAUGGCGAUGAUUACCAACUGGAUGUCGCAGACCCUCCCCUCUCUGGUGGGGCUCAAUACUACCAAGCUCACGGCGGCACAGGGAGGGUACCCAGAUCGGAGCACAGGAGUGUUGCCAGCGAACCCAGAGGAGUCGUGGCAGGUGUACAGUUCAGCCCAGGAUAGUGAGGGGAGGUGUGUCUGCACUGUGGUGGCGCCCCAGCAGUCCAUGUGUUCACGGGAUGCCCGCACCAAACAACUGAGGCAGCUGUUAGAGAAGGUCCAGAACAUGACCCAGUCCAUCCAGGUCCUGGACCAGCGAACCCAGAGGGACCUGCAGUAUGUGGAGAAGAUGGAGGUCCAGCUCCGUGGUCUGGAGACCAAGUUCAGGCAGGUGGAGGAGAACCACAAGCAGAACAUCGCCAAGCAAUACAAGGCCAUAAAAGCGAAAAUGGAGGAGCUUAGACCGUUGAUACCAGUGUUGGAGGAGUACAAAGCCGAUGCCAAAUUGGUAUUGCAGUUUAAGGAGGAGGUCCAGAAUCUGACGUCAGUUCUAAGCGAACUUCAGGAGGAGAUGGGGGCCUAUGACUACGAGGAGCUCCACAACAGAGUGUCAAAUCUUGAGGAGAGACUCCGAGCAUGCAUGCAAAAAUUAGCAUGCGGCAAGCUGACGGGCAUCAGUGAUCCCAUCACCAUCAAGACGUCUGGAUCCAGGUUCGGCUCCUGGAUGACUGACCCUCUGGCACCUGAGGGAGAUACACGGGUCUGGUACAUGGAUGGUUACCACAACAACCGCUUCGUGAGGGAGUACAAGUCGAUGCAGGACUUUAUGACGUCAGACAACUUCACAUCCCACCGCCUGCCGCAUCCGUGGUCAGGAACAGGUCAGGUUGUCUACAACGGCUCUAUCUACUUCAACAAAUUCCAGAGCCAUGUCAUUAUCAAGUUCGACUUCCGCACCUCUUCUAUCAGCAAGUCCCGGCAGCUCGACUAUGCCGGCUUCAACAAUGCGUAUCACUAUGCCUGGGGCGGCCACUCUGACAUCGACCUGAUGGUGGACGAGGGAGGCCUGUGGGCCGUCUACGCCACCAACCAGAACGCCGGCAACAUUGUUAUCAGCAAGCUGAACCCCAACACACUGCAGAUCAUCAAGAGCUGGACCACCAACCACCCCAAAAGGAGUGCCGGGGAGUCUUUUAUGAUCUGCGGCACACUCUACGUUACCAAUGGCUACUCAGGAGGCACCAAGGUGUACUAUGCGUACUCCACCAACUCCUCUACCUACGAGUACAUUGACAUUGCCUUCCAGAAUAAGUACUCACAUAUCUCCAUGCUGGACUACAACCCGCGUGACCGAGCCCUCUAUGCCUGGAACAAUGGCCACCAGGUCCUCUACAAUGUCACACUGUUCCACGUGAUCCGCUCAGAAGAACUGUAACCACGGAAAAAUGGAUUACAUACAUAAAUUCAUAUUGUCUGUGUAGAGAUCUCCCUAUAUACAAAAAUAUAUCAGCGAAAGAAAAAGACUCUAUGGCAAGACCAUUCUAUUUAUAAUAUCAGAUACUGAGAGACUGCAUCAACAGGGAAUGCAAAGUGGAUUGAAUGUGCAUAUACAUGACUGAAAAAAAAAUCUAAAA